UCUGACCAAAAGAGCCUUUUCCAGCUACUAAGCCCCACCCACAAGCUGACAGGAUUGGUGACAUCACAAACCCUGGUGUGUUCAGCUGUCAUUCUGGAGGGAAAGGCCCCAGUCGAGUUGAGCAGGGGGGAUGGAGGAGGUGGGGAGGCCAGCUCCUUGAGCCCCAGCCCCGCUGCUCUGCCUCCGACCCACGCAGAGAGCGUUGGGCCCUGGCAGAGCGAGAGCCUACUGGCAGAGUCCUGGUCCACGAUGGGCGACAUGGACACCGAGGACGCCAAGAGCCUCGACAGCAACGACGGGGCGGCUCUGGCUGGAGAGGAGAACCACUCCUUCAACUCCGACAUGGUUCACCUGGAGCGAGAGGAGGUGGAGAUGCUGGAAGAGGCGGUGGAGGAGAGGGCAAGGAGAUCAGAGGAAGAGGAGGAGGAUGAUGAGGAGCUGCAGACGAGUGUGUUGAGUGUGUUAGGUGGGGAGAGGGAGCUGGUGGAGCUCAGGGAGGAGGAGCAGGACCUCCAGGCUCCGGAAACUGAGGAGCUCCUGGUGUCAGCAGAAGAGCCUGAGGUGGAGAAGGAGCCAGCAGAGUUCAGGCAGGUGGUUCCCCCGAUGGCUCUGCCUCCUCUGCCUAUCGUCAGGUUCGAUCCCCCCUCUGCGACCUCCACCCCGGUCCCUUCAACCACAAUCUCUGAAGCUGAGGAACUCCUUUCUCUUCAGGGGCUCCACCCUCCGGCCAUCCUCGCGCCACUGGCAGCAGAACCCCCGGCAGAAAAUCUAGAGCAACUCAAAUUCUCACAGAUCCCUCUUUCAGCAGAGGAGGAACAUUCAAGUAAAGAAGCAGCGUCAGAAAAGCCACAGGCCACUGCUCCCGAGACCAAACCUCUGAGCUCCACGGAGCUGCUGUGUGGAGGAGCCGCUUUAGUAGCUGUCGUUGGCGUCGUGGCGUACGGAGCUGUGGCCUACUGCCGAAAAUGAAACCUGUCACCCUUUCACUGCAGGCUCUGUUUUUAAAUCUACUCCCGAUCAAUUACUCACUCUCUGAAUUCUGGAUUUCACCCGUUGUAUUGUCAUUAUUAGUCACAUUCGAUUUGUCGGGUUCAUUUUGUGCUACCUCAGCUCACAUCAGAGCUCAUGGCCUUUGUUUUUGUUUUGUUUUCUCAGAGGAAAUUAAACCUGUAAAAUGUAAAAAACCAUGUGCAAGCUGCAAUUUUAAAGAAUCCUGAAACUUGAAACCUUUGUUUGAUGGUUCUUUGUGUGAUUGUGUCGCUCGUCACGUCACCGGAAAUCAACAUGAGGGAAGAAAUUAGCAGAAAAUUCUUCUUCUGCAAAACACGUCCAGUUACUCUGGGUUUUUCCAAACAGCUGGCAGGAUACUGGUUGAUUUAAAUUGGACUAUAAAUGUAUUUUAACUCUCCUCGUUCACUCCUCCACCAACGCUGAACAAUCACACUGUGUAGUUCUU